AUGACCGGGACAGACACCGAAACAAGCACCAAAUCACGCGGAUGCCGUCAAUGUACUAAACGACGUAUUGUCUGCGAUAAAGCUGAACCCACAUGCCAAAAAUGUCUCAAGAAGGGGAUUGAGUGUAGUGGCCUCGGCCGCUUUCGAUUCGGCAAUGGUGUAGCAACUCGUGGGAAACUGAAGGGCAGCGCCAUUCCGGUUCUCAAUGUCGACCCGCAAUCUGCAUACAAAGAUUCCGUUCCGAUUGCAUCCUCCCAAAUUCGAUGGUGUCACGAGAGGAAGAAGAGGGUCAAGAAGAACCACGCGUCGCCGCCAGUCGCGAAAGCGGCCGCCGACACGCGAGCUGAUACCGUUGGACGAUCCUCCGUGGUGUCGCCUGAGACUUGCGUUCUGCCCUGUACGGAUGGCUCGGAUCCGAGAUCAUACUAUGCACGAUCAACCGAAUUUCCAAGCGUUGCAACAACGACCUCGACUGCUGUUGCUGCCCAUGAGGCGACACUUGUUCAGGAAUCUGCGAUCGAUCCAUUGCUGGAGGGAGAUGCCGACCACGUUGACACCGAGACAGCGGAAUAUCUUACCCCAAGGACGAACCAGUCUUUUCAACCAUGGAUUGCAUCUCUGAGCUCUCGAGCUCUUGGCCUAUUCGAUUAUUUUGCCAAAAACAUCGCUCCGGUCAUGGUCUUGCUAGACAUAUCCAAUGGUUAUCGGGAUUUCAUCCUCCCGAUGGCUUGCCAGGAUGAGGUGCUUCAGCGAGCGGUUGCGGUUGUAGCUGCUCAGCAUAUUGGUCUCCGGCAGCCAGCGUUACAAGCAGCGGCGGAAGCCGAUCGGUCUGCUAUCAUAACACGUCUGUUACGCGCCUCCAACGUUGGGUCGCCCGAUCAGGUGUUCAACCCGGUGACCUGGGCAACAUUGCUUGUACUUCUCGUUGGGGAGACGGUCACUGGUAGCCCGGAGUCCUAUUUCCUCCUGCAGACGUUGUUCACUUUGGCCAAGAACGUCAGAUCAUCUGGCCACCCAGAGCUGCACGAGUUCCUUGUACGACAGACUGACAUGUUUUCGUUUCUGGGACGGUCCUUGCUCAACAAGGAUGAGGGUCUGAAGGCGUUGAGCAACCCCGUGGACUCAGGGAUAUGGUUGCCGCCCAAUGUGCACUCCGACGCUCAGCAUGGCAAAACGCUCUCGCUGGCCCGCCGUUCAUUUACCCUUGGCGCUCAGAUCUAUCUCUUGCGGCUGACGUCUGACGAAAGCUCCUGGCACCUGCGCGAGGAGCUGCGCUGCUUGAUCAGCCAGGCACACCCGACCGACCCGGGAGCCCACGGCUUCGUUUGGCCAUGCUUCAUCGCGGCUGCAGAUAGCACUGAGCCUGAACAUCGCGCGUUCUUCAUACAUUACAUGAAGGCCAUUCACUCGAACACCUUGUUUGCAAAUAUCCCAAAGGCGAUCGAUGCGUUGCCUGCAAUCUGGGAGUCACAAUCCAGGAACUGGACAGAAAGUUUGUCUGGUAUCUCGCGGAUCCUUAUUAUGUGA